AUGAAACAUAUUUAUUUUUAUUUCGUAGGACCCGACCCAGGCAUCACUGGUGUCACUCAAGACUCUUUGUCUAAUCCCAUCCAUCCAGGAGACCCAGUGACUCUGCAGUGUUCAGUCGUCUCUAAUUCUGAGAACAGAACAUGUACAGAAGAUCACAGUGUGUACUGGUACAGAGCCAAACCGGAUGAGUCUCAUCCAAGUUUAAUUUAUAUUCAAGGAAACAAUAGUUAUGACUGUGAGCGGAGUCCUGAGGCUGCCUCCACACAGAAAUGUGUCUACAGCUUCUCCAGGAACGUCAGCUCGUCUGAUACAGGAACUUAUUACUGUGCUGUGGCCACAUGUGGAGAGAUACUGUUUGGAAAUGGAACAAAACUCGAUAUUGAAGUUCCAGUUGUCCGUCAUUGGGAUUUGACCAACACCGUUGUCUUUCUGCUAUGUGUUGCUCUCAGCAUAAGCCUGUUUGUCAUAGCCUUCCUCAUUUAUACCAUCAAAGAAAAAAACAAAACCUCAGCUGCUGCUUCUCUACAAACAAAUACAGAAACAGCUGGUGCAGAACAACAAAUCCAGCAAAGACAUGAAGACUCAUUGACUUAUGGUGCACCAACUUUUACCAAGAGAAACACUCGCAAAGCAGAGAGAAGGAACACGAGAGCAACAGAGACAAUUUGUAUUUACUCUGAUGUCAGAGCUUUUGAGUAUGGAAAAAGUGAUGCUUGAGCAAAGCUUGUAUUUCAUCUCACUGGGCCAUCAGCUAAUACACUAUGUGGCAGCUAAUGUAUUAUUGUAUGUUUAAACCUGAUGUAUUUAUUUGUAAUGACUGUACAUAAAAUAUGAAUAAUCAUUUGGCUUACCUUUAGUAACUCACAAGAAUUCAAUUUGGAAGAACAAAAUCCAUCUUCACUUUGGACUGAUAUGUUAUAUUGGCAUGCCCAGACUCUUAGUGUGUUUUAAAUGCAUUCCUUUACCCUUUCUGUUUUCCUUUGUGUCCGCUGUAAUAGAAAUACAGAAAUCUACACAGAAACAUCUAAAAUACUACUUUGUUUUGUGAGUUCUUUGUAUCUUUCAGCUAUUUUUGUCAGGUGUUCUGAAAAUAAGCAGAAAAUAAACUUUGCUUUUCAUGGGGCUCUUGCA